GAUUUGGCUGCCAGGCGUGCAUCGGUGCUGGGGUGGGGGUGGGGGAAACGCACCCCCAGGCCUGACCUUUGCCCCAUAUCCCUUCCCCAAAUUUGGGGGUGGCUUUGGAUUUGGGGGGGGGGGGUGUUGGUUUGCAGGAGGCGGUGUUCGCUCUCCCCCCCCCCCCCCGCUAUUUUUCCCUGCAGUGGGGGGGGCGGGGGGGGAAGGUGGAGCCUGGGGCCAUCCCCGCAAGCAGGUGCCGCAUGGCGGCCGGUACCGGGGCCCUCGCACCCUUCCCCGGGUCCCCCUCCGCCUCCCUGCAUGAAUUCCCUUAUCCCCCCCAAAGCAGAGCCCGCAUCGCACGAGGUUCCCCAGCCGGGGGGGUACCGCCGGCUAUCGAUUUGGUGCUGGGAGCGACGGCCGGUUGCUUGGCCUGCGUCCUCACCAACCCGUUGGAGGUGGUCAAGACGCGGCUACAGCUGCAGGGCGAAUUGCAGCCCCCCGGUACCUACCCCCGACCCUACCGAGGGGUGCUGCGGGCGGUGGGGGCCGUGUGCCAGGCCGAUGGGCUACGGGGGCUGCAGAAGGGUCUGGCCGCCGGCCUCCUUUAUCAGGGGUUGAUGAACGGCGUCCGGUUUUAUUGCUAUUCCCACGCCGAGGACGCCGGCUGGACCGGGUAUCCCGGUGGUACGGUGGCCGCCGGCGCCGUGGCCGGGGCGGUGGGAGCCUUCGUGGGCAGCCCCGCGUACCUGGUCAAGACCCACCUCCAAGCCCAGACGCUGGCAGCUGUGGCCGUGGGCCACCAGCACAACCAUGAGAGCAUCUCCGGCGCUUUCAAGAGCAUCUACAAGCAGCACGGGGUGGCGGGGCUGUGGCGGGGGGUGACGGGCGCCGUGCCCCGCGUGGCCGUGGGCUCGGCUGCGCAGCUCGCCACCUUCACCUCUGCCAAGGACUGGGUCUGCGAGCGCCAGUGGUUCAGGGAGGGCAGCUGGGCUGCGGUGCUGGCGGGGGGCAUGGUGAGCGGUGUGGCUGUGGCGGUGACGAUGACGCCCUUCGACGUGGUCAGCACCCGUCUCUACAACCAGCCGGUGGAUGCCGACGGCACGCCGGCUCCUCUCUCCCCAGGGCAAGCUCUACAGGGGUUUUUUGGAUUGCAUCCUGCAAAUCUCCAGCAAAGAGGGGCUGCUGGGCUUGUACAAGGGCAUCGGCGCCGUCUACCUCCGCCUCGGCCCCCACACCGUCCUCAGCCUCUUCUUUUGGGAUGAACUCAGGAAGAUGGUGCAGCACCAGCAGCCCCCAGGGCCAUAGGACAGGCUUCCCAGCCCCGCUGUGGACACUAAUAAAGGGGUUUUUUCUAUUUUUGGCGUCGUUUCAGGGUCUUUGGGGUGGUAUAAAU